AUGAAGAUCCCAUCCAUACUCGCGGUUUCCCUGCUGAUCUGGGGUUUGGCAAGCGGCGCAAGCGAAGAGGUGGAGGUACGGGACAAGACCAAGACCUCGACAGCGGUGAAAAGCGAGAAAGUGGAAGUCGUUGUUCCCGCUAAGGAUGAACUUAAAUUAACGAGCGAGCCCAUCCUUGGAAGAAGAGUGGGAACUGGAGCAUCCGAGGUGGCAUCUAGCAGCGGUGAAGCCAUCGCGAUAAGUCUUGGAGCAGGGCAGGCAGCGGCAGAAUCUCAGGCCGUGGCCGCCUCGCAAUCCAAAACGGCAGCAAACGCCGCCAUAAACGCAAGCGAGCUUGCCAACAAGGUUGCUGCUCUAGUUGCUGGCGCGACUGCAGCGCAGGCGAGAGCGGCCGCCGCCUCCUCGGGCGCGUUGAAGGCCAGCUUGGCGACCGAAGAAUCGGCGGAAGAGGCCGAGGCGGCCGUGGCUGCCGCCAAGGCUGCCGCGGAAAAGGCUGAAUCCCUGGCGAGAAAUCUCGCAUCGGCGAGCGCUCGCGCGGCUCUCUCGUCGGAAAAAGCGAACGAAUUGACUCAAGCUGAGAGCGCGGCAGCGGCCGAAGCGCAGGCCAAGACAGCCGCCGCCGCCAAGGCAGCGGAAAUCGCCCUUAAGGUCGCCGAGAUAGCGGUGAAAGCGGAAGCGGACGCAGCAGCUGCCGCCGUGGCAGCUGCAAAGGCAAGGGCCGUAGCAGACGCGGCCGCUGCCCGUGCUGCAGCCGUGAACGCCAUCGCCAAGGCGGAAGAGGAGGCCUCGGCCCAAGCAGAGAACACCGCCGGUGUUUUGCAAGCCGCCGCCUCCGCCGCGGCGGAAUCGCGAGCCGCUGCAGCGACCGCCGCUGCGACUUCGGAGGCAGCGGCUGAGGCUGGCCCGUUAGCAGGGGAGCUGAAACCGCCGCAAUGGAAACGGGUUCCUGUGAAGAAGGAAGAGUGGCAAACGUCGACGAAGGAAGAAUGGAAAGCGACGAAUGAAGAAUGGGAGCCGGUGGCGAAGUAA